GCGUGGGUAGACGAGGAAGAGGCGUCCGUCAACAGGCGACCUGAUGAUGAACCAUAAACCUUCGGUAUUACAAACCAUCAUGGCAGAAGGCAUCAUCUCCAUCUCUCCCUUGGCUCUCACCACCUCCCAGCUACCAUAUCUUUAAGUCACCGUGUGCCUCCAUACCUGAUUAUUUCACAUUUUUACCUUCAGCCAAGCAGAAACACCAGCAAAGAAGCUUUAAGUAAAAUCAGUCAGCAACCAAACUCAGUAUUUUAUUCAGUUUGGCACUUCAGUUCGUUUCUAAUUAGUUUAAAAUCCAAAGUUCCUUGUUGUUUUUCAGUGUUAGUUAUUUUGUCAGGCCAUUCUCUAAGAUCACCAUUAUGGCCUCUGUAACCCACUCCUCUGAGCCGGAGAUCCCAGACAACCACAAAGAGAGCUGGUUGGCCCUACUCUCCGCUGCGGAAGCCUAUUGCCAAAAGUCCGGCUGCGACCUGGCCAUCCUCACGGCCUGCAAGAAGUUCCGGUUGACGGCUGGUGAAGGUGAAGUCGGGAAGAAGCGAGAAAGCGGCACCGGUUUUCCAAAGGAAUGUGAGUUCUCCUACAGGGUGUGGGGUCAGGGCUUCCUAGCCGAGUCGGCGCGCCGCUAUGUGGACGACAUCGGCGUGCUGCACGCCACGUCCAUGCUGACGGCCCAGAAGCACAUGCGGCAAAGCGCAGGAGAGCAAGGAGGCAAGCUGCUGGUUGAUUUGACCUCUGACACCGGAUACAGAGGGAGCUUCACAGGCGACGGCGUAGUGGGCGGAGUCAGCCCCAACAACAGACUGUACUCCCAGAGCUACCCGUCCAUCUACAGCCCGGACGACUCCAGCCAGCAGGGCAGCGGGCAGAACGGCAACCAGGAGCGGGAGCAGAGCGCCACAGAGGUGGAGCGAGGGAGACAGAGAGCCGGCAUCGUGGACCUGGAGGAGGAAGGAGAAGAGGCGGAGGAAGAGGAGGAAGACAUGGACGAGAGACGACCAUACGGGAAUGAAAGUGCAGGCGUUUUCUCCAUGGACGAGGACUCUAUUUCUCGUGACUGUGAGCCGUUCUUUGAGUCCGACGGAGAGGAGGAAAGCACCGACGGCUCGCUGAGCGAGGACGCCCCGCCGCCGCCGCCGCGCGGCCUGGCCGUGGGGCAGCACGCCUUCUCGUCGCGCCACGCCCACCCCACGGCGCUGGCGCGCUCGCUGCCCGUGUCCGUCCCCGUGUGGGGCUGCAAGAGCAGCAGAGCCGCUCCGGGAGACAGCAACAGUGGAGAGCGGGCGGGCUGCGCCGACCUGGAGCACAUCGCCGCCAGCAUGAAGGCCCUGCUGGUCCCCGGCGCCACCGACGGGACGGAGAUGUUUGGCGCGCUGCCGCGGCCGCGCCUCAACACGGGCGACUUCUCGCUCAAACACUGAGAGACGGCGAGCGGGAAAAACAUGGCGGAGAGGAGAACAAGAAAAGCCUGGAAUGUGUGAAUCAGUGUCAAAGCUCGAAUCUGUUUAUCGUUUCAGUCACUAAAAAAAUUAACUGCUUUACAGGGUCGUGAAGAAAUGUUACGAACACUAAUGGCAUCUUCAACACUAUUUAUCCCCAACGACGUCUCACGCAUUCGGACCGAGCGGCGCCGCGUUCAGACCGGACCGGACCGAGCAUCGCCGCGUUCGGACCGCACCGAGCAUCACCGCGUUAGUUCGGACCGGACCGAGCGGCGCCACGUUCAGACCGGACCGAGCAUCGCCGCGUUAGUUCGAACCGGACCGAGCGGCGCCACGUUCAGACCGGACCGAGCAGCUCAGACAGGAGGAGCUGAUUGGUCAGAUUACCGGUGAUGUCAGAGAUCUUUGAUAAUCAGCAGACACGUGUUGGUUUAAGUAGCAACAGGUGGGAAAUCUUCAUGGAAACAUAAAAAAUGUUUCAGAGGCGAAGUCCUGCUUGUGUUCGACUUCUUAUCACUUCGGGAUCAGGGCUGGACGAUAAAUCGAUUUUAUCAAUCAAAUUUCUGGCUUUAGAAGAUUUAAUCUGAAUUUUUCUUCUUUUUUUUUUUUCCCGCCAUUGCGUUCGUUGGGUUUCCAUACUUACGAGUGAUGUCAGCACACACGAGGCCGCCAUCUUGUGUUUUAGACCCAGGCUACGAUUCGAUUUAUUUUUUUCUUUUAAAUUAUGAGAAUAUAGUCAUAAUAUUUAAGAAUAGAGUCGAAUAAAAUAGCAAUUUUAUGAAAAUUGUGACACAAAAAGUAACAAAAUUAAAAUGAGGAAUGCUGAGCAGAUGUGUAAAUAAUUCAUUUUUAACACAUCAUUUAAAUUAUCAUCAGUAUUGGGACUUUUAAACGACGCAAACGACUAUUUGGAAAUAAGAAUCACACUAACAGAGUUACUCACAUUACAUCUUAACCCUAAAAGCUUUUUUCUUAAUAAAACGACUUUUUCUUGUCAUUUUAAAACGUCGUUCUGGUAAAAUUGAGUUUUUAUUCUGCUAAUAUUAUGAUUUUAUUCUCAUAAUUAAGCAAAAAUUCUCAUAGCCUGGCCCUGAUAAUUCAUCAUACAACUCAGAAGGAAUCAGUAAAAUAAAAUCCACUUAUUUUGGAAAAAAAGCAACAAAAUGUUUUAUUUUUAGUAUUUACCGCCCAGCCCUACUCAGGAUUGUCCACAUCAGCGCUUUCUGACUCCCAGAUUUGCCAUGUAAUAAUCCAAAGUGAUGCUUCGUCUCUUAGAUUUACCUCAGACGGAUCAGUUAAUGGUGAAGAUCAGGUGAAUUUUGCCUCCAACACUAAAACUUCACUCAGAAAUUAGAAGUUGCUGCUUUUGCGUUCAUGUGCGUGCUAACACAUUAGGUAACUGCUAAGCUUUAGCCACGUGCUAUGAUGGGUUUCUGAACACUAAACGAGUAUUUUGGUGGUUUUGUCAGUAUUUUUCAACCCUGGUUGAUUCAAAUGAUCUAAAAAACGGUGGAAGAGCUACUUCUUACUCUGCAGAAACUUAAAUUUUAGAUCGAUUUUCUAAUGUCGGUACAAUCAGGGUGCAAUCUGGAAUGUUUUUGCAAGAUCUGGAAGAAGAAGAAGAAUGCAGCCAAGCGUGCAGCUUUAAGGUUUGCUGCCUAAUAAACGUUAAAAAAAUCAGGUCUGUUCUAACAUUUCUCUCACAAUGAUCUUAAAGUCCAGGCUUAUGCAACUCAUAAACUUUAAUUUCACCUCAAAUUAAAGUUUUACUCCUAAAUUCAACAUGUCUGCUUUGAAGAAAUGGGAAGUGUACGUUGUAAUAAAUUGAAAAAAAUUUGGUUAAUUUGUUUCCAAAUACGGAGACCAACUGGCUCACCGUCAUCGGUUUAUGUAACAGAGUAAAAAA